AUUGAGCAGGCGCGCGCAACACCCCACCAUUCCCGUCUGCUGCGCUUCUCUUUUUUCUCCUUCCCCUCCUGCUCCCCGUCUUGCUCUGUGUCAUUGACCGCCGGCGGCUUUGCCAUUGAUUCACCAUGGCGGCCGAUAAACCACUGAGCAACUAUGAGGACGUCUUUGAGGAGGGCGACGCCCCCAAGGAGGCGCAGACGGUGCACCGCAUCCGCGCCAACUCGACCAUUAUGCAGUUGAACAAGAUUCUUGUCGCCAACAGAGGUGAAAUCCCGAUUCGUAUCUUCAGAACGGCUCACGAGCUCUCGCUCCACACCAUCGCCGUCUUCAGCUAUGAGGACCGUCUCUCGAUGCACAGGCAGAAGGCCGAUGAAGCGUACGUUAUCGGCAAGCGAGGGCAGUACACGCCCGUCGGUGCCUAUCUCGCCGGCGACGAGAUCAUCAAGAUUGCCGUGGAGCACGGCGCUCAGAUGAUCCACCCCGGCUAUGGCUUCUUGUCCGAGAACGCCGAAUUUGCUCGCAACGUUGAGAAGGCCGGACUUAUCUUCAUCGGGCCAUCCCCCGAGGUGAUCGACCUCCUCGGUGACAAGGUCUCCGCCAGAAAGAUUGCCAUCGCAGCCAAUGUUCCGGUUGUUCCAGGCACCGACGGGCCAGUUGAGACGUAUGAAGAAGUCAAGAAGUUUACGGACCAAUACGGCUUCCCCAUCAUCAUCAAGGCCGCAUAUGGCGGUGGUGGACGUGGCAUGCGUGUCGUGCGCGAGGAGGCUUCGCUCAAGGAGGCGUUUGAGAGAGCCACCUCCGAGGCGAAGAGCGCUUUCGGCAACGGCACCGUUUUCGUCGAGAGGUUCCUUGACAAGCCCAAGCACAUCGAGGUCCAGCUCCUCGGCGACAAUCACGGCAACCUUGUCCACCUGUACGAGCGUGACUGCUCGGUGCAGAGGAGACAUCAGAAGGUUGUUGAGAUCGCUCCCGCCAAGGAUCUUCCCACCGACGUUCGCGAUGGCAUUCUCAACGAUGCCGUUCGCCUGGCCAAGUCCGUUGGCUACCGCAACGCCGGUACAGCUGAGUUCCUGGUCGACCAGCAGAACCGCUACUACUUCAUCGAGAUCAAUCCCCGCAUCCAAGUGGAGCACACCAUCACCGAGGAGAUCACGGGCAUCGACAUCGUCGCCGCUCAGAUCCAGAUCGCCGCCGGUGCCACCCUGGAGCAGCUCGGCCUGACCCAGGAUCGGAUCAGCACAAGGGGAUUCGCUAUCCAGUGCCGCAUCACCACGGAAGACCCGGCGAAGAACUUCCAGCCAGAUACGGGUAAAAUUGAAGUGUAUCGGAGCGCGGGAGGCAACGGUGUACGUCUCGAUGGAGGCAACGGAUUUGCCGGUGCUGUAAUUACGCCUUUCUACGACUCUAUGCUGGUCAAGGUUAUUUGCCAUGGCAGCACGUACGAGAUCGCCCGGCGCAAGGUCCUGCGCGCCCUGAUUGAGUUCAGAAUCAGGGGCGUUAAGACCAACAUCCCCUUCCUCGCUUCGCUGCUCUCGCACCCGACGUUCAUCCAGGGAGACACCUGGACCACAUUUAUUGACGACACUCCGUCGCUCUUCGAUCUCGUCGGCAGCCAGAACCGGGCUCAGAAACUGCUGGCUUACCUCGGCGACGUCGCAGUCAACGGCAGCAGCAUCAAGGGCCAGGUUGGCGAGCCCAAGCUCAAGAGUGAGAUCAUCAUUCCCGAGCUCUUCGACGAGGCUGGCCACAAGAUCGAUGUCUCCAGGCCUUGCGCCAAGGGCUGGCGGAAGAUCAUCCUGGAGCAGGGUCCCAAGGCCUUCGCGAAAGCUGUCCGCAACUACAAGGGCUGCCUGCUGAUGGACACGACCUGGCGUGAUGCCCACCAGUCCCUGCUCGCUACGCGUGUGCGGACUGUCGAUCUCCUGAACAUCGCCAAGGAGACCAGCCACGCUCUGCACAACCUUUACAGCUUGGAGUGCUGGGGUGGCGCUACUUUUGAUGUUGCCAUGCGCUUCCUCUACGAAGACCCGUGGGACCGGCUCCGGAAGAUGCGGAAGCUGAUCCCCAACAUCCCCUUCCAGAUGCUGCUGCGCGGCGCCAAUGGUGUUGCAUAUGCCUCUCUCCCGGACAACGCCAUCGAUCACUUCGUCGACCAGGCCAAGAAGAACGGCGUCGACAUCUUCCGAGUGUUCGACGCGCUGAACGACAUCAACCAGCUCGAGGUGGGCAUCAAGGCUGUCCAGAAGGCCGGCGGUGUCUGCGAGGGCACCGUCUGCUACAGUGGUGACAUGCUUAACCCCGCCAAGAAGUACAACCUUCCGUACUACCUGGACCUUGUCGACAAGCUUGUCGCGCUCGACAUUGAUGUCCUGGGCAUCAAGGACAUGGCUGGUGUUCUGAAGCCCCAUGCCGCCACCCUCCUCAUCGGCUCCAUCCGGAAGAAGUACCCUGAUCUGCCCAUCCACGUCCAUACCCACGACUCGGCGGGUACCGGUGUCGCCUCCAUGGUUGCUUGUGCCAUGGCUGGCGCCGACGUCGUUGACGCGGCUACCGAUAGCAUGUCUGGCAUGACUUCUCAGCCGAGCAUCAACGCCAUUCUGGCCUCCCUUGACGGCACAGAUAAGGACCCAGGCCUCAACGUUCACCACGUCCGCGCGCUGGACACCUACUGGUCUCAGCUCCGCCUCCUCUACUCGCCAUUCGAGGCUCAUCUUGCGGGGCCCGACCCCGAGGUGUAUGAGCAUGAGAUCCCCGGCGGUCAGCUUACGAACAUGAUGUUCCAGGCCGCUCAGCUCGGCCUCGGAUCUCAGUGGCUGGAGACCAAGAAAGCCUAUGAACAGGCCAAUGACCUCCUCGGCGACAUUAUCAAGGUCACUCCCACUUCCAAGGUUGUGGGCGAUCUAGCGCAGUUUAUGGUCUCCAACAAGCUUUCGCCCAAAGAUGUCGAGGCCCGCGCCGGUGAGCUUGACUUCCCCGGCUCUGUGCUGGAGUUCCUCGAGGGCAUGAUGGGUCAGCCGUACGGCGGAUUCCCCGAGCCGCUGCGCACCAACGCCUUGCGCGGCCGCCGGAAGCUGGACAAGCGCCCCGGCCUUUUCCUCGAGCCUGUAGACUUUGCCAAGGUCAAGAAGGAGCUCGGCCGCAAGUACGGCAGCGCCAUCACCGAGUGCGAUGUCGCCAGCUACGUCAUGUAUCCCAAGGUUUACGAGGAGUACAGAAGCUUCGUGGCCAGGUACGGCGACCUUUCGGUCCUGCCCACUAGGUACUUCCUCUCCAAGCCCGAGAUUGGCGAGGAGUUCCAUGUCGAGCUCGAGAAGGGCAAGGUGCUCAUCCUCAAGCUGCUCGCCGUCGGCCCGCUGUCCGAAAACACGGGCCAGCGCGAGGUCUUCUUCGAGGUAAACGGGGAAGUCCGCCAGGUCACCGUCGACGACAAGAAGGCCUCGGUCGAGAACGUCAGCCGACUGAAGGCCGACCCCACCGACUCGAGCCAGGUCGGCGCCCCCAUGGCCGGCGUGCUCGUCGAGCUGCGCGUGCACGACGGCACCGAGGUCAAGAAGGGCGACCCGCUGGCCGUGCUGAGCGCGAUGAAGAUGGAAAUGGUCAUCUCCGCUCCUCACAACGGCGUCGUCUCCCAGCUUAUGGUGCGCGAAGGUGACUCGGUCGACGGCUCCGACCUUGUCUGCCGCAUUGUCAAGGGCUGAGCAAAAUGGGCUUGCCACUAUGACAUAGCAUAGAAACGGGGGUGGCCUUCACUUCAGAGGGCAUUUUCGGACGGACCUGUAUGGAGACCGUGCCCCGUCUAGCUGCAUCUUAUUUGAACGUUACGCAUUUCCGCGAAGGCGGCUGGUCUGGCUUAUCCGUGUCCCUGAUCCAUCUUCUUCUGGUGCUUGCCGCUUGCCACUUUCUCGUUUUUACUCGCAGCCUCUGUCUGUCUUGGUGAUUUCCGCGUAACUCUCAUCAGCAAGCACGCUGUCCCGGGGAGUCCUUUUCACCUGUGACUCCUUACCCACCCCCGGACGACGCAACUCUACGCGCCACUCGCUGGGCAACUUUGCCUUCUAGCGGUGCUUUGUUUCUUCUCACUCAACCGCACAGCGCCUUCCAUGCAUGCAUGGCCUUGGAUGAUUUGUUAUGCUCGCUCUCGCCUUCCUUCCCCUUGGCAACCGGCAGUAGCUAGGCAGAGAGGGAUUUGGCGAUUUGGAUAGACUGGUCUUAUUACUGCGACAUACGUGGAGGAUGGUAAGGAUUGGACGGG